GCGACACGGACAGCGGCCGCCACAGUGUCCGGCGCGAUGGCUGUUACUAGUGUUGUGGCUCAUUUGUUAAUAAUGCUACCUCUGUUUGGUCGAGUCGCCUUCGUCUCUGGGACAAACGUGCGAGGAGUCACGGGACAGUCGAUCACACUGCCGUGCCACUAUUCUGUCGGAAAAUAUGUAAAAAGUGCGAUGUGCUGGGGUCGGGGACCGUGUCCUUCUCGCGGCUGCGGACACGUGUUGAUCGGAACAAAUGGAGACAGAGUAACUUAUGUAACAUCCCAGAGAUACAGUCUUGGUGGUGGAAUUGCGGCAGGAGAUGUGUCGCUCACUAUAAAUGAUCUACAGAGAGAAGAUAGCGGCUGGUAUUGCUGCCGUGUGGAGAUUCCGGGUCUGUUUAAUGAUCUGAAAACGGAUUUGAAUCUCCGGGUUUUGGACGAGACCAGUACAGCAUCUCCUUCAACCACAGCUGUGUCCCCUUUUACAGACAAUGGAAAGGACGUCACCUCAUUUACUUACCAGGCUUCCUCAGCUGGAACGCCCGAAGGAAUUCUGAGCUCCACAGCUACUACUAAUAAGGUCAACAUUACUCACGAUAAACUAGGAAACAAGAAAAUUCAGCUUUAUCUCGGCAUUGGUUUACUGUUGCUUAUCUCUGUGACCGCAAUAAUUGCCUUCAUUUUCUUGAAGAAAUUGAAGAAUUCUAGAGAAAAGUGCAACUCAAACAACGCCGUAGGACUUAACAUGCACCAAACAGCAGAAGAAAAUAUAUAUCAAAUUUCUGAAUGAACUACGCUUUGCAAUGGAUGGUGAAUUGACUAAUUAAUUAAUUAAUGGAUGGCUUCAGAAUGUUGCAUCACCUAAUUAUUAAUUAAACUCUGAUAGGAAAAUGGAAUAAGUUUAAUUAUUUGUAAAUGGCUGAAUUAUAUUUUUGUAUUAAAUAUGUAUUGCUUUCUUAAUGUUUUUUACAGUGCAAAAUUCUUUAAAGCAGGAUAUGUUCACAUCAACUGAUCUAACUUUUAGAAGUAAUUUCUCCCUUCUUCACUCCCUCUCAUGCCUGCUUCCACUCUCCAACUGCCACACCUCAUAACAUACCACUAGGUAGAGCAAUGUGACAAGAUUUGCAUCUAUGCCUGUACAAAAUACUCAGUCACUGAAAUAGUCACCUCCAGUCCCAGAGCAUGGCUGAAAGUAGAAACUUGUCACACUAUGUACCCCCUGAAGAUGCAGUACAGUAUAUCUCUGUUCAGUGACAAUGGUAUAAGAUGUACCAUGACACGGUCGUGCACGUUCUUCCUUUAAAAUAAGCUUAGCAAUAAUUCUAAUUUGUCCAAUAUGUUGCUCAUAAAGUAAACUGCUAAAACGAAACUUUCUAGCCAUUGUGUGAACCUCAUAAUUCAAGUUAGAUAGCCCAUAAUUUCCGGGCCAUGCAAAUGAAUGUGAAUUUCAGUAAAUUUAGUAGUGCACAGGGCCCAAGAUCUGGGGACAGUGGGAGAUGAGGGGAGCCUAUCCGGACAUAUAGAAAGGGCUGGAGGAAGAAAUAUCAAGGCCAAGUGUAAUGGGUGGGGGUAGAUGCUGUGGGUGGAAGAGGAGAGCAGCAAUGGAGAGUGACAGGGGGGCAUUUAUUUUUUAGUUGAUAGGAAGACAUGUCGUGAGCAGAGGUUCUGUGUUAAUUAUGUGGUGGAAAGGGAGCAGUGUGGCUCAGAAGGGAGCCUGAAUUAGGGGAACUGCUAGAUGAAAGGAGGCUGAGCCUCAGGAUGCUGGGUAUGAGGCAUCGACGAUCUGGGACAGGGGACCGAGUGUUGUGUUCUGAUAAUACUAAAUCGAGUGGAAAAGCAAACUCUGCAGAAGAUGGCUGAGAGUCAGCAGAGAGAUAUAGAUAGGUUAAGUGAGUGGGAAAGGUUCUGACAGAUGGAGUACAGUAUUGGUAAAUGCAAGGUCAUCCACUUUGGAAGGAAUAAUGAGCGAACAGAUUAUUAUUAUUUAAAUGGUAAAAGAUUGCAGCAUGCUGCUGUGCAGGACUUGGGAAGCUUGUGCAUGAAUCACAAAAGGUCGGUUUGUAGGUGCAGCAGGCUGUCAAGAAGGCAAAUGGAAUGUUGGCCUUCGUUGCUAGAUGGAUUGAAUUUAAGAGCAGGGAGGUUAUGCUGUAACUGUAUAAGAUACUGGUGGGGCUGCACCUGGAGUACUGCUCACAGUUCUUCUCCUUACUUGAGGAAGCAUAUGCUGCCUUUGGAGGCAGUGCAGAGGAGGUUUACCAGGUCGAUUUCAGACAUGAGGGGGAGAGAUUGAGUCACCUGGGACUGUAUUCACUGGAAUUCAGAAGAAUGAGAGGAGAUCUUAUAGAAACAUAUAAAAUUAUGAAAGGGAUAGAUAAGAUAGAGGCAGGAAAGUUGUUUCCACUGGUAGGUGAGACUAGAACUAGGGGACAUAGCCUCAAGAUUCGGGAGAGUAAAUUUAGGAUGGAGAUGAGUAGGAACUGCUUUUCCCAAAGAGUGGGAAAUCUGUGGAAUUCUCUGCCCAAUGAAGCAGUGGAGGCCACCUCAGUAAAUAUAUUUAAGACAAGGUUGGAUAGAUUUUUGCAUAGUAGAGGAAUUAAGGGUUGUGAGGUAAAGGCAGGUAGGUGGAGAUGAGUCCGUGGCCAGGUCACCCAUGAUCUUAUUGAAUGGCGGAGCAGGCUCGACGGGCCAGAUGGCCGACUCCUGCUCCUAUUUAUUAUGUUCUUAUGCUCCCCUGUGCUAAUGAUGACCAGGCAGGUUUGAUGGCAGAAAAGCAUGUGCAUGUCAGCUGCCCAAACAAUAAUAUUGGUACUACUCGUAGGCAACUGUUAACAUUUAACAAAGGAUACUCUUCUCUUUUCCCUCCAGUGUGGCACUGAGAUUCCUUUAUCCUGCAGUGAAAGAGAUGCAAGUCAAAUGCAAGUCAUUUUAUCUGGAUGGGCUUGUACGUAAUAUUGCACAUGGGUUACGUUUGGAAAACGAGAAAUACUCCUGCUAGGAACAUAGGAAUAAGUCAUAUAGUCCUGCCUAUAUCUGUCUUUCAAUUAGUUAAUGAAAAGUAAAAUUAGCUAGUCUGCAUUUCCAUUCUCUUUCCUCUAUAUUCUUGUUCCAUUUGUAAAAUGUUUAUACUAAAAAUCAUGUCUGUUAUCUUUUUUGGAGACAGUGUAAAAUCCCCUCCUUCUCCAUGUAUGAAAAUGUUACCAGCUUUCAAUAUUAAAUAGCCAGAUAUAAUUUUAGGACUAUUCCCUCUUGUUUAUGGUUCUCCCACUUAAGAGUAUAAUUUUAUGCAGUUUUUCUGUAAUUUAUUAAUCGCUUAAGUCAUUGCCAAUAAUAAAAGAAAAUAACGAAAUAACUGGGCCUAGAACACACACACACACUCCUACGACUCGAACACAAUUUGUUUUACUUGGGCACAAGGAGAAGAGCGUGGCCCCUGUCACCCACACCAUUCUGAAGUCAAAACAGAAAAAUUGCUAUUUUUAUACAGAAUUGGCCUAUUAAUUACAGAUAAUGGCCAUCUGUUAAUUGUACAUGUUUGAAUUCCUUACCUGCAAGAGCAAUUGCCAUCCACAAUCGAGAUGUUAUAUUGAAUCUUCAAGCUGACAACUGAUGAUAUUUUGAUGUUAGUAAAGCAAGAGGUGACCUGAUAGAGGUGUUAUAAGAUGGUGAGAGACAUUGUUUGCGUGGAUAACCAGAGGCUUUUUCCCCAGUGUUGAAAUGGCUAUCAUGAGGGGGCAUAGUUUUAAGGUGCUUGGAAAUAAGUACAAGGAGGAUGUCAGAGGUAAGUUUUUUUACACAGAGUGGUGGGUCUGUGAAAUGCACUGCCAGUAACAGUGGUAGAGACAGAUACGGUAGGGUUUUUUAGGUACAUGGAGCUUAGAAAAACAGAGGGCUAUACAGUAGGGUAAUUCUAGGUAGUUUCUAGAGUAGGUUACAUGGUCAGCACAACAUUGUGGGCCGAAGCGCCUGUAAUGUGCUGUAGAUUUCUAUGAUUCUAUGAUUAUACACUGCCAUAGUCAUUUUCACCUAUCUAUCUGCAACCGGCAAGUUUGGCUUCGGUGGUCUCACUUCAAAGUUCUCCCUUUUCCUUGUUAGACUAAGUACACACUUAUGCUUGCCUGGGAUUGUCUUUAACCCUUACCUUACUGCAUCUUCCACACUCGUAUCUUCCUCUCCCCACCCAACCGAAGUCUCAUACUCAGGGGAAUAUAAAGGAAGGUGAUGGAACUAAUUAAAAAUCAUUAUUCUCAUUUAGAAGCAAGUUAAAACUGCUUUCAAGAAAGAUAGUGGUUUAUUUUAUUAGAGUGUAAAUUGCAGAGAUAUUGUGAAUAUAUCAUUAAGCUUGGAACAAGCCUGUGUGCUUGUAUUGUGAUCUGCAGAUAGCAGAGCGAUGUAAUAAUUUUACUGACAAUCUGGAAGUUCCAAGUUUACGCCAAGAGUUCAUGGACUCAAAAUGAA